CGGUUCUUACGUCAAAAACUCCAAAUGUCCAAGUGACCGUUUACCAAAACAAAUUACGAAUUCAUUGUUAUUUAUCAGUCGCGAUGGAUUUCCAAUUAUUUGAAACAAAAUUGGCCAAACAUAAAAUAUUUCAGGACAUGAAAGAAAGUUUAAAAAACAAUUUCGAUAACAAACUGCGUAAUUUGUUAGAACUUAAGGACGAUGUGCUUUUCGCUUGGAAUUCCGUUGAGAAUUGUUUGUAUAGUGUAAACUUAAAGAGGCUCGAAGAAGAUCAAGAAGAAACUCCAUAUCAGAAACUCCACCUGGUGUCGCCGCCAGCGUUCUCAGUGGAACGCCUCACCAGCAGCGCGUGUGGGAGCCGACUCUGUUUAUGGGGAUCGAGAGGAGUGAUGGUGCUAGAACUACCUUCAAGGUGGAGCCGUGGUGGGCUUUUCGAUUCCGGCAGCAAAACUAUUCUGUGCAAGAGUUCGACUGUAGACGAGAGGUUCCUGUACUCUCAAGGCGAGAUACACAGAGUACACUGGCAUCCGAAAUCUCUCUCCCACAUAUUGGUGCUGGUCUCGGACAACACGAUGAGACUGUACAACAUAGCACUGAAGACUGGACCGAAAUUGGUGAAAAUCUUCACAAUCGGACCCAAGCCGGCGGGAGCGUUGGGUCAGACUGUGUUGGAUAGUUUAGGAGAUACAGCGAUAGACUUCACACCUACACCAGACAACGAAUAUCUGUUGAUACUCAGCGGUAACGGUGACGUGUACAUGCUGCAGUGCGAGUUGGAUAUGAAAAAUACCAUAACAGCUAAAUUGAGGGGUCCCCUGGCGAUGUACCCCCCAGCUGAUGAUAAUUACGGCUCCGAGUCCUGCUCCAUAACGGCUGUGGGGUCAGCGAAGACCCCAACGCUGGUUAUCAUAGCCAGUGCUUCAGCAACCCUGUACCAUUGCCUUCUAUUGCCAAACUCCACAGACAAAGAAGAGGACGACGGCUUCGCACUCUACGUCCUAGAGUCGGUCGAGUUGAAUCUCGUGCAGAACAGCGACACCCACAACAGCAGCAUAUAUCCAGUGCAUUUAUAUCCGUCCGGCCGCGGUUCGUAUGUGUGUGUUCACGAUAGCGGGGUCCAUUCUGUGUUACUACCAGCGGCUAACGUCCUGCAUGAAUACGCUUCAGCUCGCGAAGAUGAGAUGGAAUCGGUACUUCAGCUAAUGUAUAAGGAGCCGAGCAAAGCACGUCAUCUCAUAUGCGGUAGCAAUCCGCCUGUUGGGGUGACCUUCACAGAACCGCCCCUCCAGACGAUCAUCAUAUUAUGCCAGGAAGGUGAACUCUUGACCAGAACCGUAGAUCCCUUCGACCUAGAGGAACAUCUCUAUAAGGAGGUACAAUUGAAAAACCCGGCUCUAGAACAAGACGAUAUCAACGCUAUACUAAAAGAGAAACAGAAGAUAACUUUCAGUCACAUAAUACACGAGGUUCUCCAACGUAAUUCAUCACAGCCGAUUUUGAAGUUACAAUCCGCUCCAAGGACCAAGCAGUGUUUAGAGUUACUCACCCAAGCGACUGUGAGACUCGGCAGCGAAUAUAUGGAUAAACAGAAACGCGCUUGUGACGUCAUCACUAGGAAGAUGGCCGCCCUCAGCGCCCUCUCAAGGCAACACAAGGAAUGGCUACGGGAGCUACAGAAAGAAAUUGAAGAUGUUAAACUCACGUCAGUGGUGUUGAAGGAGAAGCGUGCGUUGGCGGAAAAGCAUCAAGAAGAUAUAAAGUACAGAUGUUCUAUGGUGUCCCGAGCUUUGCGAGCUGGCUCCGGACAAUCGGAAGACGAGAGAAGACAGCUGAAAGAGCUGGAAGAAGUUAGAGUGCGGACACAGCAGCUGCGAGGACAGCUGGAAGAUACCAGAAGCCUGGUCCGGAGUAGAGGAAUACAGAUAAGGAAUUGGCAAGAAGAUUAUAUGAAGAAGAACACGGUUCUGGGUAAAUCUCACAGUGACAGCAUCACAUCUAUACUGCAGCAACAGACAACACAAAUAUCGACACUCAUAGAAGAAACGAAGCUACUGAAGGAUCAACUCGGGAUCGUUUAAUAGUUGAACGUUUAUGUACUUAUAAUUUGUUUUAUGUUAGAAAUAAUUCACUCAAUUAAUGUUUGAUCUUUGAAUGUAUGUGUAACAAUUUUUUAAUUGAUUCUGUAUUUGUAUGAAAAAGUUAGUAUCUCUUUGUGUUAUGUCUAUGUAUAUCAUGAUAUUAAUGUCGUUAUCUCCAAAUGUCUUUCCCAUAUUAAAGUAUUCAAUAAAAACGAUUUAAAUUUUA